AUGGCUGAGUUAAAUGAGGAGAAUUUGGCCACGGAUUUGGCUGAUUCCGAUGAAUGUCCGAUCAAACAGGUGGAUUUAACGGUGCCGAAAACUGACGAUCCAAACAUGCCCACAUUCACAUUCAGAGUGUGGGUUCUUGGAAUCGUUACCUGCGCCAUACUUUCCUUCGUAAACCAGUUUUUCUGGUACAGAACUGAGCCUUUGACAAUCAGUUCGAUUUGUGCACAGGUGGCCGUCGUGCCAAUCGGGCGUCUGAUGGCAAGAUCUGUCACGAAACGUGUUUUCUUGAAGGAUACUAGAUUCGAAUUUACGAUGAAUCCAGGGCCUUUCAAUAUUAAAGAACACGUGUUGAUUACUAUACUAGCCAAUUCUGGGGCUGGAAGUGUUUAUGCUACACAUAUAUUGAGUGCAGUCAAGCUUUAUUACAAAAAGAGUUUCAGUUUCGUUCCUGCAUUGCUUGUGAUGGUAACCACUCAGGUUCUGGGAUUUGGCUGGGCUGGAGUUUUUAGGAAACAAUUGGUCGAACCGGGAGAGAUGUGGUGGCCAAGUAAUUUGGUUCAGGUCUCCUUAUUCAGGGCUCUUCAUGAGAAAGAUAAGAGACCUAAGGGUAGAACGACCCGGACGCAGUUUUUCCUCAUAACUUUAAUAGCUAGCUUUGGUUACUACAUUUUCCCUGGGUAUUUUUUCACAAUGUUAACUUCACUUUCCUGGAUAUGCUGGAUUGCCCCAAAAUCUGUCUUUGUGCAGCAAUUGGGCUCAGGAUUAGGAGGUCUUGGAAUUGGGGCCUUAGGAUUUGAUUGGUCGACCAUUUCAUCCUUCCUAGGAAGUCCUCUUGCAAGUCCAUGGUUUGCUACUGCUAAUGUUGCUGCAGGUUUCUUCCUCGUCAUGUACGUUAUGACACCCCUAAGUUACUGGUCUAACGUCUACAAUUCCAAGAACUUCCCGAUUUUCUCUGAAGAUCUUUUCCAGUUAAGUGGUGCAAAAUACAACACUUCGGCUAUCAUUGGUUCCAACUUCAGCCUCGAUAGAGCUGCUUACAAUAAAUCUGGUCCGUUAUAUUUGAGUACUUUCUUUGCCAUGACAUAUGGAAUUGGAUUUGCCACACUUUCUGCAACACUUGUACAUGUUUUACUCUUCAAUGGAAGUGAUAUAUGGAGGCAAAGCAAAAGUGCAUUUAAAAAGAGUAGGAAAAUGGAUAUACAUACCAGGCUUAUGAAGGAGUAUAAGCAGGUUCCUCUGUGGUGGUUUCUCAUUAUCCUUGUAGUCAAUAUUGCACUCAUCCUUUUCGCUUGUAUGCAUUAUGAACGCUCGCUCCAAUUGCCAUGGUGGGGCGUUUUCCUUGCGUGCGCCAUCGCCUUUGUGUUCACUCUUCCUAUUGGUGUAAUUACUGCCACUACAAACCAGACUCCAGGUCUAAACAUCAUCACAGAAUACAUAAUUGGUUAUGCAUACCCUGGGCGUCCGGUGGCAAACAUGUGCUUCAAGGUAUAUGGAUAUAUAAGCAUGACUCAAGCUCUCACCUUUGUUCAAGAUUUCAAGCUUGGUCACUACAUGAAAAUCCCACCAAGAGCAAUGUUCUGGGCGCAGGUGAUUGGGACUCUGCUUUCAGUCGUAAUAUACACAGGAACUGCAUGGUGGUUAAUGGAAACCAUUCCCCACCUUUGUGAUACAAACUUGUUACCACCCAACAGCCCCUGGAAGUGCCCAAUGGACCAUGUAUUCUAUGAUGCAUCAGUUAUUUGGGGACUAGUUGGACCUCAAAGAAUCUUUGGCAACCUCGGAGUAUACCCUAAUAUCAACUGGUUCUUUCUUGGAGGGGCCGUUGCACCGUUGCUAGUAUGGUUGGCGACAAAAGUAUUCCCAAAACAGAGAUGGAUUGGCCUCAUCAACAUGCCUGUUGUGUUAGGCUCUACAGCCAUGAUGCCUCCUGCUUCUGCUGUCAACUACACAAGUUGGAUUCUUACGGCUUUUGUGUUCGGAUUUGUUCUUUUCCGGUACCGGCAGAGGUGGUGGCAACGCUAUAAUUACGUCUUGUCCGGUGGCCUUGAUGCAGGAACUGCUUUUUCUACACUCUUGCUGUUUAUUGCACUGCAAUCCAGAGAAAUUGGCGUUUCUUGGUGGGGAAAUAAUUUAGAUGGAUGUCCACUGGCUUCUUGUCCAACUGCUAAAGGAAUCUCGGUUGAUGGAUGUCCUGUUGUUCAGUAG